AUGAAUCAACGACAAGAGUUAAUUGAAGGAAAGGAUGUUUAUAAUGUUCCUGAACAAAUGAAUUCAUAUUCACUAGAACAAUAUCCUGAUCAGAAGAAUCAGUAUCAAGAAGCUAGUUUAGCUCAUAACACUGAUAAUUCAGAAAUUGAAAAAUUAACAAGCAAUUCAUCAAGUACAGGUCAAAACUCUUCUACAACAUUAAGUAAAAAACAAAAGAAAAAGCACCGCAAUUCUCAGAAAAACCGUGGGAAAGCGAAGAAACAGAAAAAUAAAAAACCAUCAUCCGCAAAGCAAGUUCAUGGAGAGAAUGAAAGAUCAAUGGACUACUCAACUUCAUACAGCAAUCAGCAACAAGGAACAAGUUCAGAGCAAAACACUUACGAACCUGAAAACGGCAGAAAGGUUGAAACAACUAAUUCAGAAGCAUAUUCUGUCUACUCAUUACCAUCAACAAAGGCACCUAGCAAGAACCGUUCAAAUUCUUCAACAAAGGCACCUAGCAAGAACCGUUCAAAUUCUUCAACAAAGAUACCUAGCAAGAACCGUUCAAAUUCUCAGAAAAAGGACGAAAAAUCGAAGAAACAAAAUAUUUCAACUGCAACACCCUAUCAAACAGUUACAAACUCUGACUUUGCAUCAAACGAUAACAUUUCUCCUAAAACACAAGGAUUUCAAGGAUUAUCAAAUCGCUUUUAUUCUAAAAUGAAAGCAUUGGAAUUAGGUAAAAUUAUUUUUGUAGUUCUAUCGAAAAACGAGCUAUUCAGCAAGACUUUUAACAAAGAUAUCACUAACAUUGAUGCGCAGUUGCUGGCAUUCCAAAUCGUGAGCAGAGGCAUGAAACAAUGUGGAUACUUUAAUAUUUCCGACGAUAUAGCUCAGAGCUGCACACAAGCCAUUUGUUCUGUGAAGGAAGGUUCAAGUUCACAAGUAUACAGUCAAGCACUUGCUAAAGCAAUUGCACUGUAUUUCCACAAGAACCAAUUGCUACAAGAUGAUAGUGAAAACCAGGCAAAGGAUGUGGCUUUAGCAAUAAUUCAAUUUUUACCGGAUGAGAGAAAGUUGUAUGAUUAUAACGCUCAGGAUCAAAAACAACCGACAAGCUAUGCAAACUCACCCAGUGAAGUGAAUAAUUACCCUUUCGACACAUAUACUGAAAAUUCUCCAAGUGAAGAUUCCAAAUUAAAUGCAGAAAAUACUAAUGGGAUGCAUGCACAGAACUACAACACAAAGUACACAGAAAUGGAAAAAGAAACUAAUGGGGAAAAUAUUAGGUCGCAUUCGUCAGAAGAAAAUUAUGUAAAUGAAAAUAAUAUAAAUGACAAAGAAGUUGUAGAUUAUGAUGAGUCGAAUGAUGAAAAUGAUGAACAAGACCAAGCAGGUAAAAGCUAUGACCAGGAUAAUAUUAAUACCAUCAGAAUAGGACCCACUGCUGACGAAACCGAUUACGAAUGUGAUAAAACAGCAGAAAGUGGUGAAUACAAUAACCUGAAUGAUGCAAGAGGAGAUUCAACUGAGUCAAAUGAAAAGGGAGACUAUGAUGAUGAAUCAAAUAAUGAAAACUAUGAUGACGCAGACACAAAUUUUAAGAAUUCUAACACUAAGAUUAUAGCAAUGGCAGAUGCUGAUGUUGGAACUGAUUACGAAUUUGAUGAAACAGAAAAUGAUGAUUACAAAUAUAAUGACGAUAGAACACAGGAUGAUACACCAAGCAAUUACGACAUCAGUACAGCAAACGAAAGUAAAACUUAUGGAACAACUCUUCAUAGUUGA